ACUUGGACACACUUUUACACCAAAAGUCAGAUUCCGGAUUAACUCUCUCUCUCUGUUCUAUCAUUCUCUUCAUUUCCCCCCUUUCAUUCAAUCCUUCAAACCCACCUCCACAUCGACAUCUUCUUCGUCUAUUAUGCAAAUCUUCUUCAAUCUGAUCUAAGAAAUGGAUGUUAGAAAUAAGCAGCUACCUUCAGACCCAUGGGCGAAGCCUUCUUCCUCUAAUGAAUUAUUUGAUGAAAUCUGUCGGGAUAGUCAUCAGCUUUUCUCAAACUAUGAUUCACAGCAACAGGAGCAAAGGGAAAACUCUUCCAUUUUAGAUUAUGAUGUGAUGAUAAGAAAAAAAUUGGAAACAAUCCCAUCUUCUUUGACCCAAAUCAAGCUCAUUCAGGAAGAUCUCGAGGCUAAAAUCAAACCUCAAUUAUGGGAUCCCAAAACCAUGCUGAGUAAUCUUUCUAUCAUGGAAGAAAAGAUUCAUCAACUCCAGGAACUAGUGCAAUUAAUCGUUUCCAAAUCAUCUAUGGAUCAACCAAAUGAAUUUCUGAUUCAACAGCAGCAACUUGUUACUGCAGAUCUGACUUCGAUUAUAAUUCAACUCAUAUCUACUGCAGGCAGCCUUCUUCCAGCUGUCAAACAUCCAAAUUUUUCUCCAAAUCCAAAUCCAUCUGUUGGUAAUGGAGUUGUCAGCCUUCCACAACAUAAGCAUUGUGAUGAUAAUAAUGAUAGUGAUGGUAACACUCAUGGGAAUAUGGUAAGCAAGAUUGAAGAUCAUUCAAAUGAAACUGAUCAUAUGGAUGUCCAUGAAGAACAUGAUGAUGAUGUUGAUGAAGGAGAGAAUCUCCCCCCUGGUUCUUAUGAAAUCUUGCAGCUUGAAAAAGACGAAAUUCUUGCACCCCACACUCAUUUUUGUGUGAUUUGUGGGAAAGGUUUCAAACGAGAUGCCAAUUUGAGAAUGCAUAUGAGAGGUCAUGGAGAUGAGUAUAAAACCCCAGCAGCAUUAGCAAAACCCCAUAAAGAUCCAGGUACAGAGGUGAAGCUUAUCAAGAGAUAUUCAUGUCCUUAUGUUGGUUGUAAAAGGAAUAAAGAUCACAAGAAGUUUCAGCCAUUGAAGACAAUCUUAUGUGUAAAGAAUCAUUAUAAAAGAACCCAUUGUGAUAAAAGCUAUACAUGUAGCCGUUGUAACACCAAGAAGUUUUCAGUGAUUGCAGAUCUUAAAACACACGAGAAGCAUUGUGGACGCGACAGGUGGAUUUGUUCAUGUGGGACAACAUUUUCAAGAAAAGAUAAACUUUUUGGACACAUUGCUCUUUUUCAAGGCCACACUCCUGCAAUUCCAGUGGAUGAUCCGAAAGGAGGGGUCAUUGGUGGACAUGAUCAUGAUCAUGGGGAUAAUUAUAAUAAUAACAUUGAAGGGUCGAAAGAAGUUGGAUUCUUUGAUUUUAAUUUCAACUCAAAUGGAUCCGUGGGUGACCCGGGUACUUGUUUUUCGCCUUUGAACAUAGAAUCAAAUAUGAACAGGGAGUUUCCUCGAAGUUUAUUUGAAGAUUCGGACAAUUUCUCUUUCCUUUUAUCGGGGUCAUCCAAUUACUUGUGGAAAAAUGGCGGGGAGACAAGUUCCAAGGAUCUUCAAUAAAAUGACGAAAUUGCCCCUUGGGCAUAGCAAAGUUCUGUACUUGCGGGAAAAGGUCAAAGGUUCGAGUCUCAACAGCCAGACAGAUAGACAGUUGGUUCAACUGUGUAUAGAUUUAUAUCUGACAUGAUCCUGCUGGAAGAAUAACCCUUUUGCAGAAAAUGAUGACGAAAAUUUCUUAGCCCAUUUGUAGUAUGGUUAGUCGUUUUUAUGCUUCAAAAUUGUAUUUUGUGGCCUAGUUUGUGUCCAUUAUGACUUUGAAUUUUGUAUUUUCAUAAAUGGCAAGGUAAGCCAUGUUUCUAGUAUAUUUGUAUUAUGGUUUUUUCCUUUAAUAUAUAAACAUGUCAUCGUUUUGAUGAUUUAGCCA